GGCAGAGGACGACGUUUCCGUAGCAACUGGAGCCGGACCGUUACCCGCAGCGGCCGCUGUACUGACGGAGCUCGUCGAGGAGUACGGGGGGGACAGCCGUCGGUAACCGGAGACCACCUGUGUUGCGGGGCGUAGAGACACGGGGGCGACGCAGUAUCGACGCGGGGAGCCCGCAGUUCCGUGCGGAGAUGCUGAAUAUGUGGAAAGUCAGAGAGCUGGUGGACAAAGCCACCAAUGUGGUGAUGAACUACUCAGAGAUCGAGUCCAAGGUGAGAGAGGCCACCAAUGACGACCCCUGGGGACCCUCCGGACAGCUGAUGGGAGAAAUAGCCAAAUCUACCUUCAUGUAUGAGCAGUUCCCAGAGGUGAUGAACAUGCUGUGGACCAGGAUGCUGAAAGACAACAAGAAGAACUGGAGACGAGUCUACAAGGCUUUACUGCUGCUGGCCUAUCUGAUCAGGAACGGGUCUGAAAGAGUCGUCACCAGUGCCAGAGAACACAUCUACGACCUGCGAUCUCUAGAAAACUACCACUUCAUUGAUGAAAAUGGUAAGGAUCAGGGCAUCAAUGUACGUCAGAAGGUGAAGGAGAUGGUGGAGUUCGUCCAGGAUGACGACAGACUGAGAGAGGAGAGGAAGAAGGCGAAGAAGAACAAAGAUAAAUACAUUGGAGUCUCCUCUGACAGUAUGGGAGGAGGAGGAGGAGGGGGAGGAGGAGGAGGAGGAGGAGGAGGAGGAGGGAGCAUUAAGAACUCCACUGAGUUGGAUCGGAGUAAGUGGGAUGAGGACUGGGAUAAGAGCAGAGGAGCUUUCCCCUUCAGCGAGAAGCUCGGAGAGAUCAGUGACAAAAUCGGCAGCACAAUUGACGACACGCUCAACAAGUUCAGAAAAAAGGAACGAGACGACUCACCCGACAGAAUCAGUGACAAUGAGGAGGACCGAGCAUCAAGAAACGGUAGGCAGGAAACACUUGAGUUCAAAGAUGAGGAAGAAACUGUCACAACGAAGAGCAUCCAGAUCACACAAGCAACAGAAACCACAACUACCACCACGCGGAAACGCAGCGGAGCAACAAACAGCAAGACUCUGGACCUGGGUGCUGCAGCUCACUACACCGGAGACAGGAGCCCGGAGGAGAAGUCGUCAGUCAGGCAAUCUUCCAGUAGCGGCCUCGCUGACCUGUUAGUGAUUGAUCCUUCACUCAAUCAGAGCACUGCAGCAGGUGGAAGUUCAGACCUUAUUGGUGGCUUUGCUGACUUCUCUUCGCCUGCGGCCUCUGCCAGCCUCCCGACCUCCACUGCUGCUCCUUCAUCCAAUGGAAACGGAGAAUUUGGAGACUGGAACGCCUUCUCGGCCAACCCAUCAACUUCGUCUGGCUCGGGUCCCUCCCAGCCCGUCACCGACCUGUUUGGUGGCGUGCAGUCACCCACAGCCUCCAACCCCACCCCUGUCCCACCAUCCGCCGAGCUCUUUGACCUGAUGGGAGGAGUUAAUCAUCAAAUAACCAAUCCACAUACAACACUGAGUGCCUCUCAGAGCUUGACUUUCUCUCUGGGAGGGGCGACGCCCACAAUGCCUCUUUCUCGUUCUCAGCAGAGCUUGGGAGGAAUGCCAACUCAGCAGGCUGGGCAACAGCAGAAAGUUGGUGUUGGAGGUCAGGGGUCAUUAGGUUCGACCUGGUCCGACCCCUCCGUCAACAUCAGCCUGGACUUCCUGUCAGCAGGCCUCAACCCCACGAAGACACCGCCCACCCUCAACAACAUCAUCCAGCAACAAGGAGUGCCUCCCGUCAACCUGCUGGCCCAGAACUUUGGAGGACUGAACCUCAGCUCCCCGCCCCACGUGACACCCAUUAGACCACCAGCCAAUCCCAUGAUGGCAGGCAAUGCCAUGACGAUGGGCAUGCCAGCCUCCCUGGCAGCAAAUAUGCCCCCUUCAAUGACCACGGGUACCAUGGGGAUGGGGGGAAUUCCUGCAAACCAAGGCAUGAUGGGAAUGAACAUGAGCAUGAAUAUGGGCAUGGCCACUCCAGUGAUGAUGGGUGGUAUGGCUGGCAUGGGAGUGCCAGGAGUAGGGAUGGGCCUCACACACCCCAUCAGCCCAGCCAUGGUUCCACCCAAACAAGAUGCCUUUGCUAAUUUUGGCAGUUUUGGGAAAUGAAGGAGUGAAAAUAUCUGUGUGUGUGUGUGUGUGUGUGUGUGUGUGUGUGUGUGUGUGUGUGUGUGUGUGUGUGUGUGUGUGUGAAAGGGAGAGAGAGACAGAGAAUGAGAGUGUGAGUAUGCAUGUCUGACAUUAUGAGAGUUUGAACCACUGAAGGACUGCUGUACUUGAAGACAACCUUGCAUGUUUCUCUUUCUGCUUCUGCACUCCUGGGCGAGUGGGCAUCAGUGGUCGUUCACCAUGACCGUGGAGGCGGGGCAGAUCGCCCACUGGUGCCCCUCACCUCGAGGUAAUUUGGUGUGUGAAAUGAUGUCACACAGAGGACACCCUAAGAGCAGUGAAGGUGUCAACCCACAGCCUCCAGUCAUUACUUUCCUGUGGGGAAAGGAUCCUCAUCUUACCCUGUUUUUAUAUGUGAGCUACAGUAUAACCCCAUCAGUACAAAAAACACUGCAAAACAUUUUUCUCUGUGACUCAAAUCAGAGUGGCAUUUCUGCCUUAAUUCCGCAUUGUAGCCUGAAACAUGUUUUAUAAAAUUUUAACCAAAUUCAACCACAAAAUUUAAGCCAUCACAUUAUUGCCAUGGGGUAUCUCAAUUUCUUCCCUCGCUCCUUGUGCAAAUAGUGUAACAGUUACAGUAUCUGGAGUAUCUGGAGUCUAUGCUGGAGUCCUCCAGCAGAGGGCAGGAUGGGUGUAUCUGUGGAGAUAACACUGAAUGGUCGUACUUAUCCUUGAGCCAUAUUAGAGUGUAGAACUGCAUAUUACAUCCCUCUUCUUCUGUUUUUAUCAGGCUUGUAGCAGUUCACAUGAACUCAGUGUGCAUUAGGACAGAUUGAGUGAAACCUUGAACUGCUCAGAACAAAUGUACCUAAAAUACUGUCGGCUCUUUAUAUCACAAUUAAUUUUUUACUGUUUAAAUGCAUCUUGUCCUCUACUUUCCAUUCUUCCACUCUUUCAGAUUAAUGCUAAAUAAAGGGGUCAGUCAGUAUUUCAUUGAGAGCAUUAUAUAGUGAUAUUUUCUCUUUAUUUCUGACCCACGUAGAUUUAUUCUGCUUCUGCAUAAAAACACUGUUUAUGGAUGAAAGGUUCACAAUACUGUCUUUAUAAAGAGUAUUUUCCAACUGGCUGUGAGAAAAGAAGGUAAACAAUUGUUGCGAUCCACAAGACUGAACAUCACAUUCCUCUAAAUAUCUUCAAUGUUCACGCUGAAUUUUUGGGACAACCCAACAAUGUCAAGUAUUAUUUUGCCAGCAAACAUUUUCACCACGCAGCUCACCUGGAGGUCUCUUGGUGGUUGAGGGUUGCAUAUCUGUAGGUUUACUAGAAAAUAACUACAUGGAUUAAUUUAAUCUGAGGAUUUUAUUUUCAUUAGUUGAGUUUAAAUAAUGAUUUUCAUGUCUAGCUGAGACCAAUCUAAAGGGUUUUUGGGGUGAAGUGUGAGAUGUGUGAGAAAAGAGUGAAUGAGUGUGUGUGACUUUGUGUAUGGGUAUAGUUCUCUGUUUGAUGUGCAGACACAGCUAAGCAAAGCCUCUUGUCAUUUUCUGGGGCACUGCACUCCAAAUGACCAAAUCUUUAUUUUGUUACUCUCAGAAGGAUGAUUCCAUAGCUAUUAGUUUAAUAUUUUUAUUAGUUUACUUCUAAGGUUAUGUUCAAAUGGGAGAGCUACUAAUAACAUAAUUUAGUUGACGGGAAUCAUGUUUGUGUCUUUUUCAGUACAGCUCGUUUCAUUUGAUUGUACUCUAUAUUUUCUGUACUUCAUUCAACAUUAAAUUAAAUUAUAACAUUAA